AUGCCCCCGCUGACGGACACCUUCCCUCCACUCACUGCCAGCUGCCCUCCGGCUGGUGGGGGUCCAACAGGGAGCCGUCUGCCGGCACAGGCGCCGACCCGCUCCUCAACUCGGCGCAAGCAGCUCGUGAGGGACGCGGUGCGCCACCACUCGUCCCGCUCUUCCCACCUGGCGAGGAAUCACACACGGGGCCCUGGUUUGGGUGGUGGGGUGGCUGAGCUGGCUUGCUCCCCUGAAGACCGAGCGGCCGCUCCCACAACCCUGGUCAUCGGGGACUCCAUUGUGAGGCACGUCCGUACGAGGGAGGCAUUGUCGUUCCCCGGAGCCACCGUUUACGACGUAACCGGGAAAAUACCGGACAUCCUGAACUCCCAUCCGCAGGCGAAAAGGAUUAUUAUCCACACAGGUACGAACGACAUCGCCAGGCAACAGUCCGAACUUUUAAAACAGGAUUUUAGACACCUUUUUAAUUCCAUUUCACAGUCCCAAGUGACUGUUUUUAUUUCUGGCCCCACCCCCACCUGCGGCAGAGGGAUCGGCAGAUUUAGCCGUCUGCUGAGUCUCAACACCUGGCUCUCCUCUGCCUGCAACUCCCACCACGUCGGCUUCAUCAACAACUUUGAUGUUUUCUGGGAGAGACGACACCUCCUUGGGCCUGACGGGCUUCAUCUUAACAGGGGAGGUGCCCGCAUGCUCUCAGCCAACCUGGCUUAUGGCGUUCAGCAUGGUCCAUGCUCCUAUCCACACAGUUCCACCUCUGACCACCAUACACACAAUACUGGACUUGGACCUCAAACUUACACCAACACCUCCUCCAUUCCGCAGCACGUCACACAGCCAACUCACAACAGAGGACACACCCUGGACUUGGUCAUAACCCAUGGCCUGUUCAUCGGUGUGUCCUCUGUUGUUGACCUGGCUAUGUCCGACCACUACUGUGUAUUUUUUAGCAUCACCAGUUUUAACCAGGAGGAGGCCCCGAAAGUCUUGUCUGUUACCACACCUGGACUGUUGUCCUUGCCUGAGGAGAGACUGGAGAGUUUUGCCCUGGUUGAUGCAAGGACACUUGGUCGAGUUUUCUCCCAAGAGCAGUUUUUAAACAUCUUGAAUUGCUCUCUUCAGACGGGUGUCUUCCCCACCGCCUUUAAAACGGCGGUGGUGAAGCCCCUUCUGAAGAAGAGCAAUUUAGACCCCAACAAUCUUAAUAAUUACCGACCUGUAUCCAACUUGCCGUUUUUAAGUCAAAUUUUAGAUUUAGAUAAAAAUUUUUUUACCAACUAUGACUUUUUAAACAGAAAUAGCAUCUUAGAGAAACAUCAGUCUGGCUUUAGGAGGAACCACAGUACCGAGGCAGCACUUUUAAAGAUUUUAAACCAGCUACCGAAUCAAAGUUCAGGUGGAGCGUGACAGGUUCUACUGGAUCUAAGCUCUGCUUUUGAUCCAGUGGACCAUCACAUUUUAUUAAAUAGACUCAGACACCUGGUCGGCCUCUCCGAUACUGUUCUUAACUGGUUUUGUUCUUAUCUCACAGACCGAUGAUUUUAUGUAAGUAUGGAUACAUGUUCCUCAGGAACCCAUGAAAUUGAAUGUGGGGUUCCCCAAGGCUCAAUUUUAGGUCCACUCCUUUUUAUUCUUUACAUGCUUCCCCCUGGGGACGUCAUCAGGAAGCACGGCAUCAGCUUCCAUAGUUUCCAUGCUGACGAUACGCAGCUAUACAUCGCCGUGUCUCCUGAUGACUCAGGGCCACUUGAUGCCCUUUUUAACUGCCUUGUAGACAUCAAGUCAUGGAUGGCAGAGAAUUUCCUGCAGCUCAACCAGGACAAAACUGAGGUUUUAGUUAUUGGUCCUGAAGGCCAGAGAGAGAAACUUUUACCAAAAUUACAGGAUAUUAAACUAGCCGACUCUGUUAAAAAUUUGGGCGUGAUUUUUGACUCUGAGCUAAAUUUUAUCCCACAUAUCAAAAAUAUAACAAAAAUAGGUUUUCAUCACCUUAAGAACAUAGCCAGAGUCCGCCCGUUUUUCUCUCAGGCCAGUACGGAGGUGCUAAUGCAUGCAUUUAUAUCCUGUCGUUUAGAUUACUGUAAUGCCCUGCUCUCUGGUCUUCCCAAAAAAAGUAUUUUAAAUCUCCAAUUAUUACAGAACUCAGCCGCACGUGUGCUGACGAGGACCAGAGGGCGGGAGCACAUUACACCAGUUUUAAAGUCGCUACAUUGGCUCCCCGUCCGCUUCAGGAUCGAUUUUAAGAUUCUCUUACUGGUUUUUAAAUGUCUUAACGGCCUUGCCCCUUCUUAUUUAUCUGAUCUGCUUUGACCAUAU